CUUACGUCAAGGUGUUUUUUCCACCAAGCUUACUGUGUCAAUUGAUUGACUCACUCAUCGCGAUUUUAAAAAGGCAGACGUUACUUUCACUUUAUUCAUUCUCAUAUAAGGUACUUACUAGACAACUACUUUUAUUUGCACAUUUCCCAACCAAACCCAAAGAAACAACACAACAUGGCAAGCCAAGCUCCGGCGGAGCACAACUUCAAACUCACCCUCCACUGGUUGAAUCAAUCUCGCUCCCAGCGCAUCGUAUGGCUUUUGGAGGAGCUCAAGCUUCCCUACGAGGUCAAGCUCUAUGAACGCAACAAAGACUAUCUUGCGCCUCCCGAGCUGAAAGAAGUUCAUCCGCUGGGAAAGUCUCCAGUCAUCGUCCUUGAAGCACCAGCGCUAUCAAAGCCACUCGUCUUGGCUGAAUCCGGUACCAUUGUCGAAUAUUUGACUGAACAUUUUGGACAAUGGCUGGCCCCCAAGCAAUAUGCCCCAGGUAAAGAAGGCCAACUUGGCGGAGAAACCGAAGAGUGGCUUCGAUACAGAUAUUUCAUGCAUUAUACGGAAGGAAGUUUGAUGGCAAUCAUGGUUGUCUGGGUUAUAAUUCAAAAGAUCAAAAAUGCGCCAGUGCCAUUCUUCAUCAAGCCGAUCACGAAUAUGAUCGGUGGAAAUGUGGAGAAAUCGUUUACGCAGCCGAAUUUCGACAAUCAUUUUGCUCUCAUUGAAAGUCAACUCAACACUUCCCCGAACGGAGGAGACUUUAUCUGUGGAAAGGAACUGACUGGCGCCGAUAUUCUAAUGAUCUUCCCUCUAGAGUCUGCUGUGAAUCGUGGAGUAAUCACACAAGACAAAUAUCCCAAGAUUUGUGAUUAUGUCAGUAAGAUUCAGCAAAGGGAGGCCUAUCAGCGAGCUAGUCAAAAGAUCAAAGAGAUUGAGGGAUCGGACAAGACCUCGAAGAUCUGAUAUGGCUGUUCCUGCAUUGUUAUGCUCGGACUAAUAAAUGUCACCUCAUUUGACUUUGUACCGUUUUACAAUUAAACUCAAUAGCAUAAUCAUCUCAGCACUAUUAGAGAAACGGUUGAAUUAGUGAAUUUAAGUACCUUCUAAUGC